AUGACGUUCCUUCAGCUGCAGUACUUGGACGAACCGAACAUCCUAAACGCGCUGAGGAGGAGGUAUGCCGAGGAUAAGAUCUACACCUAUACUGGCGACAUUCUCAUCGUCGUCAAUCCCUGGAAGGAGAUUCCCUCGCUCUACAGCGCUGACUGCAUGCAGCGAUACCAGAGGAUGGGAGCUGCACGCCUCCCGCCUCACGCGUUCGCCAUGGCCGAUGCAGCGUACCACGCGAUGCUGAGAGAGGGGAAUCAGAGUGUGCUGGUGAGCGGGGAGAGCGGGUCAGGCAAGACGGAGGCGACGAAGCAUCUCAUGCAACACCUCGCUGGCCUCAGUGGCCUAGAGGUUCAAGGGGACGGAGGAGGAGGAAGCAGCAUCGAGCGGCAGGUGCUGGGGUCAAACCCGCUCCUCGAGGCCUUCGGGAAUGCCAAGACCAUCCGCAACGACAACUCUUCCCGGUUUGGGAAAUUCAUCCAACUGUUCUUCGAGAGGAGCGAGGGGAAAGGGUGCACGGCGUCGGCAGAGGAUGGGGACGGAGAGGCUGACAGCAGAGGGGAUGGAGGGGGGAGGGAGAGUGCUCACCUAGUUGGGGCAGCGAUCCAAACGUACCUGCUGGAGAAGUCGCGUAUCGUCAAGAUCGCGGAGAAGGAGAGGAACUUUCAUGUCUUCUACCAGCUCUGUGCUGCCGCCCAGCAUCCGGAUGCGGAGGAGUUGCAGGUCGCAGAGCUCGGGCUGGAGGCGGCCGACAAGUACGUGAGCCUGGCGGCAGGAGGAGCCGUGAGAGAGGAGGGCAAGGACGACCAUGCCGCCUUCCUUCGCACUCUCAAGGCGAUGGACCUAGUGGGGGUGCGGGAGGAGGAGCGACGUGAAAUGUUCCGCGUGCUAGCUGCCAUCCUCCACCUCGGCAACCUGGCGUUCACGUGGACCGGAGAGACCUGCGAGCUCGUGCCGGACCCCCGCGACCCGCUAGGCAAAGCUGCUGCCCUCCUCGGCUGCUCCUCCUCGCAGCUUCAGGAAGUUCUUCUGCGCCGACAGAUCCGGGCAGCGAUGGAGACGGUGAGCAUGGAGUUGUCGGAGGAGCAGGCGGAGGCGUCACGGGAUGCCAUCAGCAAGGCCCUCUACUCGCAGCUCUUCCACUGGCUCGUUGCUCGCGUCAACCAGACGCUCCGCCUGCAUGAUGGCCGUCCAGAGAGGACGGACUCCUCCUCCUUUUUCCCUCCUGCCUCCUCCUCCUCCUCCUUCUCCCCUCCCUCUUCCCUGCGCAUCGGGAUCCUCGACAUCUUCGGCUUCGAGAUCUUGGAGACCAACAGCUUCGAGCAGCUCUGCAUCAACUUUGCCAACGAACGUCUGCAGCAGCAGUUCAACCACUUCGUGCUGCGGAGGGAGCAGGAGGAGUACGUGGAGGAGGGGAUCGAGUGGAGCUACGUGGACUUCAGCGACAACCAGGCGUGUGUGGAGCUGCUGGAGAACCGGAGCUCCGGCAUCUUUGCGAUGCUGGACGAGGAGGGUAGGGUCCCAGGAGGGUCGGACGAGGGGUUUGCGCACAAGGUGAGGAGGACGAGCCAUGCGCACGUGGCGGCUCCGCGUCUCGCCCCCCUCAGCUUCCUCGUCCGCCACUACGCGGGGGACGUGACGUACGAGUGCCGCGGGUUCCUUGCCAAGAACCAGGACAUCCUCGGGCUCGACCUCCAGCUGUUCCUUACCUCCCGCUCCUCUCCCUUCCUCCGCUCUCUCUUUGCGGGCUCCGAAGCUGGUCCUGGAGACACCUGUUCUUCUCCCUCUCCCCGCUCUGAGGUGGGAGGUCAGCUGGGGAAGAGCUGGGGAAGGAGCUCGCUGCCGUCGGCAGCUGAGAGUCAGAGCUCGCAGUUCAAGCGCCAACUCCGUGGGCUGUGCGAGGCGAUCGCGGCAACGCACCCUCACUUCCUCCGCUGUCUAAACCCCAACCCCUCCAAGAUGCCCGCCCGCUUCUUGGACCCCCUCGUCCUCCUCCAGCUCCGCUGCGGGGGUCUCAUCGAAGCCGUUCGCAUCUGCCGUGCUAGCUUCCCAGCUCGCCUCUCCUUCCGGGAAUUGAUGCUUAGGUAUGGAGGGCCCGCGAGCCUUCGCUGUCAACGGCCAGCCUCCUCCUCCUCCUCCUCCUCCUUCUCUCCCUCCAACGCUACAGUUGAGCAUGUGCGGGAGCUACUGGCGGUGUGGGGGGCGAGCGAGGCCUCCUACAGCAUCGGGCGGACGAAGAUCUUCAUGCGAGCUGAGCUGGCGGAGCUGCUGGAGAGGGAGCGUAUAGGAAAGAAAGGAGAGAGGGAGGAGAAUGGAAGAUAG